UGGCGCGGCGGUAGCGGCAGCGGCGGCGGCGGCGGCGGGCGGGCCGGGCGGUGCGGAGCGGCGGCGGCGCUGCGGGUGGGGCGGUCGGCGGCGCUGGUGAGGGGACGCCGAGCCGCCGGCGCAGCCGCUGCCGCCACCACAAGCCCUUGUUCCCGCUGCCAGAGGGAGCCGCGGGCGCGACAAGAUGGCGGACGGGGAGCUGAACGUGGACAGCCUCAUCACCCGCCUGCUGGAGGUACGAGGAUGUCGACCUGGGAAGAUUGUGCAGAUGACUGAAGCUGAAGUUCGAGGCCUGUGUAUCAAGUCUCGGGAGAUCUUUCUCAGCCAACCAAUUCUUUUGGAAUUGGAAGCACCGCUGAAAAUUUGUGGAGAUAUUCAUGGACAGUAUACAGAUUUGCUGCGGUUAUUUGAAUAUGGAGGCUUCCCACCAGAAGCCAACUAUCUUUUCCUAGGAGAUUAUGUGGACAGAGGAAAGCAGUCUUUGGAAACCAUUUGUUUGCUAUUGGCUUAUAAAAUCAAAUAUCCAGAGAAUUUCUUUCUUUUAAGAGGAAACCAUGAAUGUGCUAGCAUUAAUCGUAUAUAUGGAUUCUAUGAUGAAUGCAAACGGAGGUUUAAUAUAAAAUUGUGGAAGACCUUCACUGAUUGUUUUAACUGUCUGCCUAUAGCUGCCAUUGUCGAUGAGAAGAUCUUCUGUUGUCAUGGAGGACUGUCACCAGACCUGCAAUCUAUGGAACAGAUUCGGAGAAUUAUGAGACCCACUGAUGUCCCUGAUACAGGUUUGCUCUGUGAUUUAUUGUGGUCUGAUCCAGAUAAGGAUGUACAGGGCUGGGGAGAAAAUGAUCGUGGUGUUUCCUUUACUUUUGGAGCUGAUGUAGUCAGUAAAUUUCUGAAUCGUCAUGAUUUAGACUUGAUUUGUCGAGCUCAUCAGGUGGUGGAAGACGGAUAUGAGUUUUUUGCUAAACGACAGUUGGUAACCCUAUUUUCAGCCCCAAAUUACUGUGGCGAGUUUGAUAAUGCUGGUGGAAUGAUGAGUGUGGAUGAGACUUUGAUGUGUUCGUUUCAGAUAUUGAAACCGUCUGAAAAGAAAGCUAAGUACCAGUAUGGUGGACUGAAUUCAGGACGUCCGGUCACUCCACCUCGAACAGCUAAUCCACCGAAGAAAAGGUGAAGAAAAGGAGCUUGAAAGAAACCAUCAGCUUUGUUAAGGACAUACUUCAUAAUAUAUAAGUGUGCACUGUAAAACAUCCAGCCAUUUGACACCCUUUAUGAUGUCACACCUUUAACUUGAAGGAGACGGGUAAAGGAUCUUAAAUUUUUUUCUAAUAGAUGUGCUACACUGUAUUGUAAUAAGUAUACUCUGUUAUAAUACUCAACAAAGUUCAAUCCAAAUUCAAAAUUACCCAUUCAAGUUACAUUUUCACGUAUCACACUUUUUUAAAGUUGAGAAGCAUCCCAGUAAACUAGAUGUGAUAGUUAAUGCAGAUGAAAGCAUGAUGAUCCAUCUGUGUAAUGUGGUUUUAGUGUUUGCUUGGUUGUUUAAUUAUUUUGGGCUUGUUUUAUUUUGUUUGUUUUUGCUAGAAAAAUGGCAAGUAUUUUAAUUUUUCCCUAAUCAUUUUAAAAAGUGAAAUGUGGGAAGGAAAUGUUUUUAAAAGUGAAAUGUGGCUUUAAAGACAUUCAGACAUUCACUAUUAUUUUCUCUGAUAUUCUCAUGUACCCAAUCUUAUUAAGGAAACUGCUUCAUUACAUUAAAAGGAAUUGAGAAAAAAAAAAUUUAAUGUGGAAACUUCAGUCUGGUGAUUUAAUCAAACAGUUUGGGCAAACUCUACAGCUGACAGUAAAUAUUUCGCUUUAUACAGAAGUUGCCACUGAUUUUGAAUUUGUGCACUCUAAUAUUUAACUUAUUGAUGCUCUAUUGUGCAGUAGCAUUUCAUUUAAGAUAAGGCUCAUAGUAUUACCCAACUAGUUGGUAAUGUGAUUAUGUGGUACCUUGGCUUUAGGUUUUAAUUCGCACGCAACACCUUUUUGGCAUGCUUAACUUGGUAACACCCUCACCUGCAUUGGUUUUGUUUUUUGGGUUUUUGUUAUUUUUUGAUUUUAGAUCCAUGGAACAGGAGAAUCCUUUUUUGACAAGCCUUGGAGAGCUGACAAUUUUUUCCCCCUCCCUCUAAAAAGGAUAUAUUUAAAUGAAUGCUGGUCAGUGGGACAUUAUGUCAACUGUGGGUAUUGGGUGCUUAACUGUCUAAUAUUGCCACGUGAAUGUUGUAUACGAUUGUAAGGCUUAUGUCACUAAAGAUUUUUAUUCUGAUUUUUCAUGAUCAAAGUUCAUUAUGAUAAUGUAUAGACAUGCUUUGUAGUGACUAGUAGCAAUAAUUUCUGUACAUGAUCAAGGGUUUAUUGCACCAUUUCUUUUUUUUUUUUUUCCUUAAGAGUUGGUAUUAACAAAAGACAAGUAGAAAAGCCAACAAAGAUUUUAGGAGGACAUUCAGGACAAAGAUUUGUUGAUUGUUUGGAUGCAACACUUUCGGAUGUGAUGCUAAAAACUUAUUGAGCAUUGUCAAAUUUGUAAGCUUCACAAGGUGGACAUCAUAUUUAUAAUGCCCUUAUAUAUGUGCUACCAUAGAUGUGAAAUUCCUGACCUUAAUGUUGUCUUUGAAAAUGUUGAAUUGAGAAUUCUGUUAACUUACAUUUUAUGAAUUGGCAUAUUAUAUUACUGCAAGAGAUUUGGUUUUCAGCACAGUGCAAAGUUCUUUCAAAUGCAUAUGUCUUUUUUUCUAAUUCCAUUUUGUUCUAAAGCACAUUUUAAAUGUAGUUAUCUCAUUUAGUAAAAGUUGUCUAAUUGAUAUGA